AUGUCCUUAUGGAAGCCAGUGGGAAAAAUUGAUUUCGUUGGCUUGGGUAAUGAUUUUGUCCUAGUCCGUUUUGCAGUAAAAGAUGACUAUGAGGCUAUUCUUAAGAAUGGACCUUGGUUCAUUGGAGGAAAUUUCUUAUCUAUAAGACCUUGGGUACCAGAUUUUAAUCCUUCAAAGGCGGGUAUAUCCUCGGUUGCAGUUUGGGUGAGAUUGAAUGAGCUACCUAUCGAGUAUUAUGAUGUUGAGGCCCUUCAGAUCAUUGGCAACGCGAUUGGUAGAGUUCUAAGGAUAGAUACCCAUACAACGAAUGAAUCUAGGGGCAGGUUCGCUCGCCUCUGUACACAGGUUGACAUUGGAAAUCCUUUGAUUACUGCGAUUCUCAUUGGUGGACGAGAGAAGCUUGUCAGUUAUGAGGGUAUUCAACGGCUCUGUUUUUCCUGUGGAAGAAUAGGCCACCGCCGGGAGAGUUGUCUGUAUACGGUGCGGGAAGACCAGACACGGAAGAGGGAGGUGGGUGAGAAUUUACCGGAGCAGGGUAACCAAGAAGAUAGUGGACACCAGGUUGCCAGCUCAGGUACGAAUUCGGUUAAGCCUAAGGAGACAGAGACGUGCGAGGGAACGCCAGGAUUGUGUGAAGGUACGGCUAAGGACACCCCCAAUGAUGUGUACGGCCCUUGGGUUGUUGUGACACGGAAAAGAGGUGGGAACAAAGCGACAAGGAAAGAUGGUCCCACUGACCAAAAUACGUUUAAGAAUAUGGGCUCACUGAAGAAUGGGCCUAGUGACAAGCUUAAACGAGAAGGGAAGAGGAAGGUGUCAGUGGAUCAUAGCCUAAGUGAGGCCCACAUGCAAAAAGCGGUGUAG